UAGCGAGAGGCAGGCAAGUUAGAAGUAAAUGAGAGAGAGAGAGAGAGAGAGAGAGAGAGAGAGAGGGAGGGAGGGAAGACGGGACUGAAUACCAUUUUACUCGCUCCUGUUUUUGAGGUUACUGCGCCCAGUGUCCAGCCAUAGCGUUUCUCUGCUCUGAGUUCAAAGAAGUCUUGUGUUUGUGGGACUGUGACUCAUUCAGGGGAAAGAUGUCCCACGCAGAGAGAAGAGGAGUCAUCCCCGCGUGGUCAGUUUAACGACAUCCUGGAGGAGCUCUCCUCUUCACUUUUCUGAUGAAUUUAGCUGCACCUGUGCAUGAAGAUGUCUGAUAACGGGGAAGUGGAGGAUAAGCCCCCUGCGCCACCUAUGAGGAACACUAGCACCAUGAUGGGAGCCAGCAGCAAAGACCCCGGACCACUAAACCACAGCUCUAAACCACUGCCCCCCAACCCUGAGGACAAGAAGAGGAAAGACCGCUCCAUUCGCUCCAUCCUGACCGGAGGAGGGGACAAGACCAACAAGAAGAAGGAACGUCCCGAGAUUUCUCUUCCAUCAGACUUUGAGCACACCAUCCAUGUGGGCUUUGACGCAGUCACUGGAGAGUUCACUGGUAUGCCCGAGCAGUGGGCUCGGUUGCUCCAGACUUCAAACAUCACUAAAUCAGAGCAGAAGAAGAAUCCUCAAGCGGUUCUGGAUGUGCUCAAGUUUUAUGACUCCAAAGAAACAGCCAACAGCCAGAAAUACAUGAGCUUCACAGAUAAGAGUUUGGACAGUUACAGCUCCUCCAACGCUGUGAACUCCAAGGCCGUGUCCGAGACGCCUGCGGUGGCGACUGUAUCUGAAGACGAGGAUGAGGAUGAAGCUGCCCCACCACCUGUGAUUGCCCCCCGACCUGAGCACACCAAAUCUAUAUACACCCGUUCAGUAAUUGAACCACUGCCUCCAGCCCCCACCAAGGAUGUGGCCACCUCUCCCAUCUCUCCCCCACCAGCUGAGGGUGGCAGCCCCACCCCCAGUCCGUCCAGCACCACCCCCCGCAGCGCGGACAAAAACCGCAAGAAGAAAAUGUCAGACGAGGAGAUCCUGGAGAAACUACGGAGUAUAGUUAGUGUGGGGGAUCCCAAGAAGAAGUACACACGAUUUGAGAAGAUUGGCCAGGGGGCAUCUGGAACAGUUUACACAGCGAUAGACAUCGCCACAGGACAAGAGGUGGCCAUUAAGCAGAUGAACCUGCAGCAGCAGCCCAAGAAGGAGCUCAUCAUCAAUGAGAUUUUGGUCAUGAGGGAAAACAAAAACCCCAAUAUUGUAAAUUACCUGGACAGUUACCUGGUGGGCGAUGAGCUCUGGGUAGUCAUGGAGUAUCUGGCCGGAGGCUCUCUGACCGAUGUGGUGACUGAGACGUGCAUGGACGAGGCUCAGAUUGCCGCCGUGUGCCGAGAGUGUCUGCAAGCCUUGGAGUUCCUGCACUCCAACCAGGUGAUCCACAGAGACAUCAAGAGUGACAACAUCCUGCUGGGCAUGGACGGCUCUGUCAAACUCACUGAUUUCGGCUUCUGCGCUCAGAUCACUCCGGAGCAGAGUAAGCGCAGCACCAUGGUGGGCACACCCUACUGGAUGGCCCCGGAGGUGGUGACCCGCAAAGCUUACGGGCCUAAAGUGGACAUCUGGUCACUGGGCAUCAUGGCUAUAGAGAUGAUUGAGGGAGAGCCUCCGUAUCUCAAUGAGAACCCUCUGAGGGCGCUGUAUCUCAUCGCCACUAAUGGAACACCAGAACUGCAGAAUCCUGAGAAACUCUCGUCAGUUUUCCGAGAUUUCCUGAACCGCUGUCUGGAGAUGGAUGUGGAGAAAAGAGGCUCUGCUAAAGAGCUUCUACAGCACCAGUUCCUGAAAGUGGCCAAGCCUCUGUCCAGCCUGACACCACUCAUACUGGCGGCCAAGGAAGCGACCAAAAACAACCGCUAACCCAGCCGGCCUGGAGCCCAGCCCCACCUCUGUACUGCCCCCAACCUCAGUGCACCCCUCACCCUUCUCUAUUUCACCCUGUUUUGGAGGGGGUCUCUAGUGGGCGGAGCCUUUACAGGGCCCCUCCCACUUCUGCUUCUACUGUUCGGGUUCUGGGGUGAGCGUGGCCCCGCCCAGAGGCCACCGAAGAGGCUGAGAAUGACCGCAUCACCGAAAAUAAUGAAGAAAAUGAAGAAUCCACUGGCGGCUGCAGUGGAACACACUGUAUAUUUGCCUGGAACCGGAGUGAAUCGGCCAGACUGCUUCACUGAUUUACACUUUUUUUGUUAUAAUUAUUAUUUCUUUUGAGCACAUUUUUGUUUUAUUCUUCGCCCGUCCGAUUGCCUGUCUGUCAGUCUGUAUGUUGGUUUUUUUCACGUGCUCUGUGGAUGAAGUCACUUUCAUUUGGCCUUCUUUCAUUUCUGCUCUUUGGUUUUUGUACGUCUGUGAGUAAAAGUACACGUGAGGUGGGGAGUAGAUUAGUUGUGGUAUCAUCUCUACUGACUGAGGUAAAUCAUGGGAUGCUUGCUGGUACGGAAGAGAACAAUGUAAAUGACACCAAUGACAUGCGAUGAGAACAUUAAUAUGGAUGCCUGUGCAUGAAGUAAUGGAACGCAUCCCCAGCCAGACACUUCCAUGCAGAACCUGCGAGGCUUUUCCCGUCCCUCUGCCCUUCAAAGCCCAGGAUGUACAUUUCUUAUUGACAAAAAAACAAGUUGAACUUCGUCAACGUCUUUCCGUAGCGAAUCGUGUGUUGUUAUAAACAUUCAGUUCAUGUCAAUGAUCUUUAAACAAAGAGAACAGCGUUAAAAUGAUGUUUUAAGCAGAUUUUUUUUAAUGUAGCGUUGACGUACCCUUUGGCCUUAAACUGUGACACAGAGGGAAGACGACUUUACAAAGAUGGUACAGUCUGAACCGUUAGAUCCAUGCUGAAGGAUGGAAGGAAUAAGCCUGGGAGGAAAUCUUUGUAAUGAGAAGUCUUGCUCUCGCUGUGUUUUCGAGCCAUAAACUCUGUUUGUAAGGCAUUUUGAUUAAUUAAAGUUCUUAUCUGAAGAAGAAGAAAUAAACUGUACAAAAUGA